UUCGCGCCGCUCUCAGCUGUGUGUUCUCCACCGUACCAACUGCUGGCGCUAGUUAGUGGAGUUUGUCACGGACACGAGAAAGUCAUUUCUUCAGCACUUUCACUUUACUAAGCCUUGCAAAAGUCGCCUUUCUUGAAAGUGUGUGAAAUCUGUCGUUGCUUUACAUCAUGUCUAAGCGUGUAGCUGUAGUUCUCGCAGGCUGUGGCGUUUUCGACGGAUCUGAGAUCCACGAGGCUUCUGCAGUUCUGGUGCAUUUAAGCCGAAAUGGAGCAACUGUUAAAAUAUUCGCACCCAGCGUUGAUCAGAUGCAUGUUGUAGAUCACGUGAAGGGGGCUCCGACUGAGGAGAAGCGCAAUGUGCUGGUGGAAAGUGCUCGACUUGCCCGAGGUGACAUUCAAGAUCUGUCUGAACUCACUGCGAAGGAUUUUGAUGCCAUUAUUUUCCCAGGUGGCUUUGGAGUUGCAAAGAAUCUGUGCAGCUGGGCAGUACAAGGCAAAGACUGCUGUGUGAAUGAGCAGGUUAAAGCAGUCCUGCAGGCUUUCCAUGCUGAGAAGAAACCCAUUGGCUUGUGCUGCAUCUCUCCAGUACUGGCAGCUAAGGUCUUCCCUGGCUGUGAAGUCACAGUUGGCAAUGACAAAGACGAAAGAUCUCCUGAUGUUCCAGGGACUGCAGAAGCCAUCACCCAGCUGGGCUGCAAACACAUCUGCAAGAAUGUCAAUGAAGCCCAUGUGGAUGAGAAAAAUAAGAUUGUCACCACCUGUGCCUUUAUGUGUAAGGCACCUCUCCAUGAGAUAUUUGAUGGCAUUGGCGUGAUGAUUCAAGAUGUUCUUAAACUUGUCUAAAUACAAUCUAGAAGCACAAAUCAGAGAAUCUAAAUCUGCUGGAUUUUUAUGUAAUUACAUCCUAAAAGCAUCAGGGAAGGAUCUUUGCCUGACAACCGUAAUGCACAUGUUAAUUGUGAAGUAGAAUUUCUUAAAUAAACUUCACGUGACUGACUGAACUGAAA